AUGUCCGUCAAGACCGCUCUGAUCACCGGCGCCGCCCAAGGCAUCGGCAAGGCUAUCGCCGUCAACUUGGCCCAGAAGGGCUUCCAAUUGGCGCUCGCAGACCUGCCCCAGCAGGCUGACAAGGCACAGAGCGUGAUCAAAGAGAUCCAGGCCGCGCGCCCUAAAACCAAGGCUCCUAUCUUCCUGCCCGUGGACGUCUCCGACAGACAGUCCGUGUUCGACGCCGUGGACAAGGCUGCGGACCACUUCGGCUCAUUCGACGUUAUGGUUAACAAUGCAGGCAUCGCCAUGGUCGCCAAGGUUCUCGAGUGUACACCCGAGGAGCUCGACCGCAUCAUGAAGAUCAACGUUGGUGGUGUGCUCUACGGUACCCAGGCCGCAACCAAGAAGUUCGUGCAGCUCAACAGAGGCGGCGACUACACCCCUAGCACCGUCAAGACUGCCAAGCGCGAACUGACUGGUAAGAUCAUCAACUGCUGCUCCAUCGUCGGCAACGGCGCCUUCGCCGCUCUGCCUCUGUACUCGGCAUCCAAGUUCGCCGUGAAGGGUCUGACCCAGGCCUCCGCUAAGGAGCUGGCGCCUCUAGGUAUCACCGUGAACGCCUACGCUCCAGGUAUUGUCCUGACACCAAUGUGGGAUCUCAUUGACAGCAAGUUGGCUGAGAUCACUGGCCUGCCAACUGGCGAGAACCUAAAGAGAGCCAUCGACGGCAUUGCCUUGAAGCGCGGUGAAACUCCAGAGGACGUCGCUGGCCUUGUGGGUUUCUUGGCUAGCGAAGGAUCUGACUACAUCACUGGUCAAAACAUUGCCGUUGACGGUGGUAUCUCUUACAACUAA